AUGGAAGUUGAGUUCUUGGGCAUGCGAACGCGCUCCGCGACAAGGAACGCAGUCCGGUGGACGGUGUUGUUCCUCCUGCUGCAGUACCUGGGCAGCCAUCCCUCCUUUACUGCUGCAGGAAAAGUGGAGGAAGGACACGUGGUUAUUGAAAUUGUGAAGUAUUUCCACUACGCCAAUCCGAUUUUUUUUGAAAAUUAUGCCGGUGACGUGAGUUAUUUUAGCUCUGAUGACGCCUGCCAUUUGGGUGGAGGCGUCCUUUCUGCGGAUCAAACACCUGCUGCACAUGUGGCCAUCGCGGGUGAGUUGAGAAAGACCGCAGUCCCUAAAUACAAAACAAGCCAUGUGUACCUGGGCGGAGACGCCGACCACGAAGCGACCCCAACAACAGAUCCCAAAAAAAGGUGUGGACGAGGUUUGAAGUGGGCAACGUUAAACUGCAUCUUCAAGUGGAAUAAAGGUGCGUUUGCCGACUCCUCGGCUGAUGGUCUUGGUGUUGCUUUUUUCAGGGGCACACUGUAUACGCUUGUUGGCGUGGGGCCAAUGAACGGGUACAAGGCUUAUUGGCCCUAUCACUACCCUUAUCACGGCAAGACGUUCUUAAUACUUCGUCUGAAAACGACGGAUAACAAUGAGCAAGCAACGUGGUAUGAUUGGUAUCCUGCGCCUAAAGACCACACCGACACGCCUUACCGUUCAUUUGGCGUCGUCUGUGAGGCUCAAAAAGGGUACGUCGUCAGCACUACGACACUUCCACCGGCUGUAGUGGUUCCGUGGUUGCAGAAGAAUUGGUAUGUUGUCUUGAUUGCAGUAUUGCUGCCGGUUAUUGCUGCCGUUGCGCUAAUCACCGUCUGCUUCUACCGUUGCCGCGGUGUUGACGAUGAAUCGAAAUGGGUGGUGCACAUGGUAUUGCGGGAGGUGAAACGUGAGCCCUUGUAUGCAAUUGACGGGAAUGAUGGAAUCUACAACAAUGAUAACAGCCAGAUGCUGCGUAGUUUAACGUUGGGUGAUGAGGUGCUCAUGACCGUUCCCUCUGGAUACGAAAACUUUGAGGUCCCUAAGGUGGUAAAGAACCAAGGAAGCACCGUGUACGAUGACGGAGAUGUGGCUUAA